AUUUUUUUUUCUUCCAAGUUUCAAGCCUUUUUUCCCCAAACUUCGGCAUAGAUCAUGGAAGGACCUGCAGAAGAACAGCCCAAAUCCAACAACAAGCGCUUCAGAAAGGAUAAGCCUUGGGAUACCGAUGACAUUGAUCACUGGAAGGUUGAUGAAUUCAAGCCCGAGGAAAUCGUAGCUCCUUUUAGUGAAGAAUCUUCGUUCGCUACCUUGUUUCCUAAAUACCGGGAGAAUUACCUGAGAGAGGUUUGGCCUCACGUCACAAAAGCUCUUGAAAAGCAUGGCAUUGCUUGUUUACUGGAUUUGGUGGAAGGUAGCAUGACAGUGAAAACGACUCGUAAAACGUAUGAUCCCUAUGCAAUUCUCAAGGCGCGCGAUUUGAUCAAACUCCUGGCAAGAAGUGUACCGUUUCCACAGGCGGUGAAAAUCAUGGAAGACGGUGUAGCAUGCGACAUUAUCAAGAUUGGUAACCUUGUGCGUAAUAAAGAGCGCUUUGUCAAGCGUAGACAAAGACUCUUGGGACCCAAUGGCUCUACACUGAAGGCCAUUGAAUUGUUGACAUCAUGUUAUAUGAUGGUUCAAGGUAACACGGUAUCUGCCAUGGGACCUUAUAAGGGUUUGAAAGAUCUUCGUCGCAUUGUUCUCGACUGCAUGAGGAAUAUCCAUCCUAUUUAUCACAUCAAAGAAUUAAUGAUCAAGCGCGAACUUGCAAAGGAUCCCAAACUGGCAAACGAGUCAUGGGAUAGAUUCUUACCGCACUUCAAGAAGAGAAACAUGAAGUCCAAGAAGAAGAUUGACAAGAGCAAGAUCAAGAAGAAGGAAUACACUCCCUUCCCACCAGCACAACAGCCAUCCAAGAUCGAUCUGCAAUUGGAGAGUGGCGAAUAUUUCCUGAACCAGGCAAAAAAAGGCAAAUCCGCCAAAUAAGAUAACCUAUCACUUAUUCAUUGUAAACUUUUUUCACGUCAAAUAUAAAAGAUUCUCAUUCUGUUAUCAUUCUUCAUCCUAUCUUGCAGACAUGGUCUCAAUUUUGGUCAAAGUCUACUUGCUAAUGCACAAUAAAAAAAGCAUAUCACCGUG